AUGCCGGCCGCACUCGAGGUUAGCUUCAUGCUGGCCGCACUCAAGGUUGGUUUCAUACUGGCCGCUUCUAUACUGUGUAAGAGCACCUUUGUCGCAGACACGGUCCAAGGCUCAUUUGUAUAG